AUGAAUUUUGCUGGCUGGACUCAUUUAUCUCUAUACCAGUAUAGCAUUCAACCAAGAGACGAAUUUCGCCGAGAUUACAAGCAAAUGCAACCUUCAAAAGAGGAACGUUCAUCUGGUGCAUCAAACAAAUUGGAGACCUCAUCUACAGUCUACAAGACAAUAGGCACACAUAUCACGUGA